GGGGCGGUGCUUGCGGGAGGCGAAGCGCUGCGGGCAGCGGCGCGCCCGGAGCGGCGGCACCGGCCACCGGCAGCGAGCGGCGGCUGCGGGCAGGGCCGGUAGGGAAGGAUGUUGUCCUCGGUGAAGCCCUACGAGAACCAGCGCUACGCCUCUCUGAAGAAGGCGUGUCAGCGGCGGAAGCAGCUCUUCGAGGACCCUCUUUUCCCUGCCAAUGAUGACUCGCUCUUCUACAAGUCAAGGAUCCAAGGCAUCCAGUGGAAGAGACCAAAGGAAAUCUGCAAUGAUCCUCACCUCUUUGUGGACGGGAUCAGCUCCCAUGACUUACACCAAGGCCAGGUUGGGAACUGCUGGUUCGUGGCUGCCUGCUCCUCCCUGGCAUCCCGGGAAUCUCUGUGGCAGAAGGUCAUCCCAGACUGGAAGGAGCAGGAGUGGAAUGCCGAGAAACCCGAGAACUAUGCAGGGAUCUUCCACUUCCAGUUCUGGCGUUUCGGUCAGUGGCUGGACGUGGUGAUCGAUGACCGCCUGCCCACACUCCACAACCAGCUCAUCUACUGCCACUCCAACUCCAAGAACGAGUUCUGGUGCGCCUUGGUGGAGAAAGCUUAUGCCAAGUUGUCAGGCUGUUAUGAGGCCCUGGAUGGAGGCAACACAGCUGAUGCCCUGGUAGACUUCACUGGUGGGGUCUCUGAACCUAUUGACCUAACAGAAGGGGACUACAUUGCUGAUGAAGCCAAGCGAAACCUCCUCUUUGAGCGCGUGUUGAAGGUGCACAACCGGGGAGGCCUCAUUAGCUGCUCCAUCAAAGCCACCUCAGCAGCAGACAUGGAGGCCCGCCUGGCCUGUGGACUGGUGAAGGGCCACGCAUAUGCGGUGACGGACGUGCGGAAGGUCCGCCUGGGCCAUGGCCUCCUGUCCUUCUUCAAGUCGGAGAAGCUGGACAUGAUCCGCAUGCGCAACCCGUGGGGCGAGCGGGAGUGGAACGGCCCUUGGAGUGACACCUCCGAGGAGUGGCAGAAAGUGAGUAAAAGUGAAAGAGAGAAGAUGGGGAUGACGGUGGAAGACGAUGGAGAGUUCUGGAUGACCUUCGAAGAUUUCUGCAAAUACUUCACGGACAUCAUCAAGUGCCGUCUGAUCAACACGUCCUACCUGAGCAUUCACAAGACCUGGGAGGAGGCAGUGCUACACGGAGCAUGGACCAGAAACAAUGACCCCUUGAAGAACCGCUGUGGAGGCUGUAUCAACCACAAGGACACCUUUUUGCAGAACCCCCAGUACGUCUUUGAUGUGAAGAAGGCAGAAGAUGAAGUGCUGAUCUCCAUCCAGCAGAAGCCAAAAAGGACGAGUCGCAAAGAGGGCAAAGGAGAGAACUUGGCCAUAGGCUUUGAUAUCCAUAAGGUAGAGCUGAACAGGAACUACCGGAUGCACACCCUGCAGCAGAAGGUGGCCAGCUCCAUUUACAUCAACUCCCGCAGCGUCUUCCUGAGGACAGACCUGAAGGAAGGCCGCUAUGUCAUCAUCCCCACCACUUUUGACCCCGGUCAUGUAGGCGAGUUCCUUCUCAGGGUAUUCACAGAUGUGCCUUCAGAUUGCAGAGAGCUGACACUGGAUGAGCCGCCACAUACCUGCUGGAGUGGGAUGUGUGGUUACCCACAAGUGGUAUCCCAGAUCCAUGUCCUCGCUGCAGCCGGGCUCAAGAAUCAGGACUCCCAAGGAGGAGCUGACCCUUAUGUGAUCAUAAAGUGUGAAGGGCAGAAAGUUCGCUCUCCAGUGAAGAAGAACACGGUGUCUCCAGAGUUUGAUGUGAAAGGGCUCUUCUACCGCAAGAAGCCAGGACAACCCAUCAUUGUUCAGAUCUGGAACCACAACUUAAUAAGUGACGAGUUCUUGGGCCAAGUGGUGCUCACAGGGGACCCCAGUGACCGGCAGUCAGUGCACACACUGCACCUCCAGGACAAGGGGAACAAGAAAUCAAAUGAUCUUCCUGGAACCAUCGCUGUGAGGCUGCUCAGCAGUAACAUCCUCACCAAUGUCUGAGUGCUCAAGGACUCUUCUUCCGGUGCCACAUGGUGCCUUUUUGAGGAACCACAAUGAUCCUUCUGCUGGCGUCCUCUCUCUUGCAGCCCCUAUCACCUCUGUGUGUCCCAUGGGAUCGCUGUGUGUCCUGACGGCCAGAGCACAAUGCCCUGUUUGUUUACACAAGGCUGCACCCACGUGCCACCGUGCACACGUGUGGCCACCGUGGUCCCACCAGCUGCUUCAAUGCACCUUCAGUGUGUCUGCUUGGUUUAAGAGUUGUCAUCUCCCCUGAAACUGCCAUUUAAUUGCUUAUUUUGGAGGCACCUCAGUGAAGGAGAGGUGGAAAAAGAGAUUGGGGCCUUUUGGAUGUUCUCUGGGUAUGGGUUUGCAUAGUGCAAAUGGAAGAAGAGUGCACCAAGGCAGUCCCAUAUCCCAAAUCCACAGGGGUAACAAGAGCAAAGGCUCCAUCAUUUUAGGGACAAGCUGUCUCCUCUUGAAUCUUGUCUCUUCUUGAGUCUUGUUCAACCCCAUGCAACUCUGAAGGAUACGAAGAUGCCAACAACCAUGAUGGGGCAACUGGAAUCAUUCUGGUCUCAGCUCCUGUGUGUGCCUCUCGAACUGCCGUGGUGCCUGCUUUCUCCAUGUCUUCAUGCAGCCUCCAUCCCAAGAGCUCACCCCCACAGCUGGGGUGGGUUGUCUGCUGGGGCCAUUCAGUGUUUAGAUAGGAGGAGAUCAAUUCCUCUGAAGGCCAAAGCAUCAGGUCCAAGGGAUGGGGAGCUUUGCUCAGUGGGCUCCAUCUUUACCGCUGCAUCAUUUCUCAGUGCCUCGCUUUCCCAAAUUCCUCUGUAAAAUAGUGGGAUUUUAGCUUGUGCUAGAGGAGCGCUGCUCCUAGUGCAGCCUGAAAAUGCUGGGAAUGUUUAAUUCAUACCAGUGUCCAUCUCUCACCUUUCAUUUUCCACUCUCCUGGCUCGGCGGAUGAGUUGCGCAAUGCUAGAGCCGGUCUCGCAAGCACAACCCAAAACGCAUCGUCAGGGCCAUGGUCUGCUCCUGUUUGCAAUGAAGUUGAUCUUUAUUCCACUGGGUGGCAGAAUCCGGCUUCUUAUGAACCAACCCAGAUAAGCCCAACAACAAAGCCUUGGCUGGAGUUGCAGCAGGUUUCAAAGCAGUUCCUUCUCAUGUUAUUUAGGUUGGGUUUGUUUUCUUCGUGUGCCUUUAAAAUGGUGCAAGCUAAGGGAUUUCUCUGUCAGAUUUUCUAUCAAGUACUCACUGCAUGCAAGUGGAAACGAAUGCAUAUGAUUUAAUCUUGGUAAGAAAAGGACGAGUGAACAGCAAAGCUUUCUUUUGCUAUAGCAAGUAGGGUUUCUGCUUGUCCUACUAAAUGCCCAUGUUUGUGCUGCA